CUUGCUCUGGGUAUGGCCGUAUGGCGCGGAGAGGGAACAGGCUACAGAGGGAGAGGACAACCAAAUCGGGCAAUCAGCUGGGCAUCCUCGUGUUGCGCCUGCGAGCAGGUCAUCGAGGGAGUGGCGGUUGCGUGGAGAACACAUACCAACCAGCCGCGACCGAGAAGGGCGGGGCGAAGGAAGGACAACGUGUGGCUCCGCUCCACGGGACGACGGCGGCGUCUCAGGGUCCGGACAGAUCUUUUUUGCGCAGCGGCAGGGAGAGGAGACGGAUGGACAUGGAUGGCUACGAGUCAGACGGAACCAGGAGUAGAGUUCCAUACAGGCUGUCGAGAUCUCCUCGUCACAGCCUACUCCCAUGCUAUGGUGAUGGAGAAGGAUGUCGCCGCAACACUGAUCUCACCACGGUCAGGAUGGAGAACGACCGUUGUGCUGUACGAACCUUGUAUAUUUCUAUGGAUGUCGAAAUAUGUGUUUGGCAUAUUUGCUUAUCAACUGAGUCGAAAUAUAUGUUAUGUUGAUUCAGUUUUGGGUUGAUUCACUUUUAUUCAGUUGAUUUAGAGAUUGAUUCUGUUUGAUUCAGUUUGGGCACAUAUUCAGUUUCAGUUUC